AUGAGUCUGUCCUUUGCUUUACGGACUCUAAGGUCCAAGCCUACCCCCAUCAAUGGCUAUGCUCGCGGCCUACGUCGGUAUUCCAGUGCUGUAGGAACCGGACUUCCGCUUGAGGGCAUUCGCGUACUGGACAUGACCAGAGUCCUAGCAGGACCAUAUUGUACUCAGAUUUUGGGCGAUCUUGGCGCUGAGGUGAUCAAAAUCGAGCAUCCUACUCGAGGUGAUGAUACACGAGCAUGGGGACCUCCGUAUGCAAAGUACAAGGAAGGAUCGUCAGCCGCAGGGCCCGGAGAGUCGGCAUACUUCAUAGGAGCAAACCGAAACAAGAAGUCACUUGGUCUGUCUUUCCAGCAUAAGGAGGGCGUCGAUAUUCUUCACAAGCUUGCGGCAAAAUGCGACGUAUUGGUCGAAAACUAUCUCCCAGGGACACUCAAGAAGUAUAACAUGGACUAUGAAACUCUCCGAAAGAUUAACCCGGGUCUUAUAUAUGCCUCCAUCACCGGAUACGGCCAGACAGGGCCAUACUCAACCCGUGCAGGCUACGAUGUCAUGGUGGAAGCAGAAUUUGGAUUGAUGCAUAUCACUGGAGAGAGAGAUGGCCCCCCAGUAAAGGUUGGUGUCGCAGUGACAGACUUGACGACUGGUCUGUAUACCAGUAACAGCGUUAUGGCGGCUCUUCUCGGUAGGGCCAAGUCUGGAAAGGGUCAGCAUAUUGAUGUCGCGUUAAGUGAUUGCCAAACAGCAACAUUAGCAAACAUCGCCAGUAGCUGUUUGAUCAGUGGAAAGAAGGAUUCUGGGCGCUGGGGAACAGCUCAUCCUUCUAUCGUGCCGUACAAAUCAUUUGAAACCAAAGACGGAGGCAUUCUCUUUGGUGGAGGUAACGACCGUCUUUUUGGCGUUCUUUGCGAUGGUCUAGGCCAGCCCCAGUGGAAAGACGAUGCACGCUACAAAACCAACGCCGAUAGAGUCACGCAUCGCAACGAUCUAGAAGCCAAGAUCGAGGCAAUCACCAAACUCAAGACAACACAAGAGUGGCUUGAGGUUUUCGAGGGCAAGGGUCUGCCUUAUGCCGCCAUCAACGAUGUCCAAGGAACGCUCAACCACGAACAUACAAAAGCUCGCAAUAUGGUGGUCGAAAUGGAACACGAAGAAUGUGGUCCUAUAAAGAUGGUUAAUACGCCCGUCAAGUUCUCGGAAACAUCUCCUUCUAUCCGCAGCGUGCCGCCAAUGUUGGGACAGCAUACAAAUGAAAUACUGCAAGAGCAUCUUGGGCUAAGUGAAGUCGACGUCACAACAUUAAGAGAAAAGGGUGCUAUUGGAUAG